AUGCCACCGCCGGCCCAAGAUGCAGUGCAACAGAAUAGUGACGCAGUAAAGGAAAAACGGAAGCCUGUUCGCCGUGACCCGGAGAAGAGAAGGCAGCAAAAUGUCCGAGCACAAAGGAGGUACCGUGAAAAGCUUCGUGAGCGUCUGGGCUAUCUCGAAGCGCUUGAAGCAUCUACUUUGCAGAGCAGUGCUAUUGAAACACCUCCAGCCGUAGGCCAAUCUGAAGUGAUUACAACUACUGCUGCAACUCAAAUCAUCUCAAAUACCUUUCCAGCUUAUGAUGCCUCGGCCAUAUCUACUUCCAUCUCAUCUACAUGGACUUUGGGGGAAUGUCAACCCCAUAUUCCUCAGCCAGAUGGCACCCUAACACUGAACACAUGGGACUCUGCAACGCAUACUCCACAGCUUGAUGAUACCACAUUGAUACCAGGUGUAUGGGAUUCUACGGCAUGUAUUCCACAGUCGGAUGAUACUUCACUAGCACUAAGCUUGUGGGAUUUUACAACACCCGUUCCACAUAUGAAUGACAGCCCAUCGAUGUUGAAUAUCUGGAACCCCCCAACGCGCUUCGAUGAUUCCGCUGUCAUUCAGGAUAACAGUUUUCAUCCUGACUGGAUCGCUACCAUCGAUUGCGGCUGCUCCAUUCCACACUUACAGAUAGAGACACAAGGCAUAGACCCCUCUCGGGCCGGAAAAAUCAAGAUAUUCAGAUUCAGACAAGAUGUGGCAGACCCGUAUGCUAACAACCUUCGCAUCGAACAAGUGUGCACCAUCUCCGCGGUGCACACUCUUGCAACACAUGUUGGUAUCACGGAAGCGGUCAUAUGUUCCGACGAGCCCUUAUCGCCGUUCUUUCGGCCUAUCGCGGAGACAGCGGACAAUACGACCAAAGAAAACACGGUCAACGCGGUACAGCGGAUAUUUAAGAGACUAAAGCCUGACUUGCGGCCAAGCAGCGAACAAAUUACCAUCAAACACCAUCCAUACAUAGAUAUCCUACCUUUCCCGACGCUACGAAAGAAUCUUAUCCUCGGGCAGGGAGAGGUUGACGAGGACGAGUUCUUCCACGACAUACUUGCCGGUUUGGCGUGCUGGGGAAGUGCAGGCAUUGGGAAGAGGGAUCGACAAGUCUCUACCGGGUAUGCUUCGACUGGCACGCCUUGGGACGUACGCAGCUGGGAGGCAACGCCUUCGUUCUUGAACAAGUACUGGAUCCUGCUGGGUGGUGAAGAGGGAGAGCUUGUACGGCAAAGCGAGUGGUGGCGAGGUAUCAGGGGGGAGUAA